AUGGAACAAGCCACAGUGCAGCGGGCUGCCCAGGCCAUGCGUGGGCAGCCACGGGUGGCCGUGAUCGGCGCCAGUCUGGCUGGUCUCUCCUUUUCGGCCAUCCUAGCGCACCAAGCCCCGCAUAUCCACGUCUCCGUCUUUGAGCGAGCAUCCCGCACCCGUGACGAGGGCUACGGCAUCGACCUUGAUGAAGAUGGCAUGGCCGCGGUCAAGGCCGCCAACUUGUUGGACAAGUACCCAGAGACUACCCACAACAAGAGCGACGUAACUAAAAUGUACAGCGCCACCUCCAAAGACCCCAUUUUCGUCAUGUUCAUGCCCAGCCUGUUGCUCCGCCUUGGCGUCAAACCUGGACUCGAGAGCAACCGCCAGGCUCUUCUCGACAUGUUCCGUGCCAGCAUCAGCUCUGACAUCCACUACGAUACGCACAUCACCAACAUCGUGCCAAGCCAGUCCCGGCCCGGUGGUGCCACUCUUCUCGGCCCCAGUGGGACACCGCUGGGAGAUUUUGACCUGGUUGUGGAUGCGGGAGGUGUCCGCAGCCCGGUGCGCCUGCUACGCCUGACAGAUCCUGUGGGUCUGCAUUUUGACAAAGACCUUCUCUUCCAUGGCCAGAUUGCCGACCCCGAGACGAGCCUGCCGCCAGAGGCCUUGGCCCGUUUGGGUGAUGGCAACGCUUUUUACUUUACCAGGUUUUUCGAAAUGGCUGUCCAGCGCUAUGGGUGUGGCGAUGACCCUCGUGCAGCAUUAUUCUUUCGCGUACGCACCGACAGUGCGGAUGUGGAUGAGACCUUUGCCGAGAUUGGCGUGCCCCGCCGUGGUCCUGCCUUUCACAAUCGCGGCUCGGCCGAGUUUGAGACGCUGCGCAAAUUUAUGCGUCAAGCCGCUGGUGAACAUGCACAUCCAGCCAUUUUAUCUACCAUUGACGCCCUCGACCGCGUUGCUGUUCGCGGCCUCUACAACCACGGCUCUGAUGUUCAACUGCGAUCCGACAACACUCUGCCGUUGGUCUGCAUCGGGGAUGCGGUGCGCAACAUUGGCCUGGGUGGUGGUGGUAACGUUGCCAUGCGUGAUGCGCGUGAGCUUGCCGAGCUUCUUGCCCAGCCGACCGCCUUUGACCCCACCACGCACGCGCUGGCACUCCGCGGCCCAAACAACGCGCUGCUUAAGCUUGAAGAAACCAUGUUACAGCGCCAUCUGGACUUUGUCAAGCUUCGUGAUUCUCGCCGCGGCACAGAAGUUGGACCUCCGCCCCCCGGCGCUGAUCUCGAGAAGGACCUCGGCGCCACCUUUGGGCGCCCCCUGGCUUUUGUACUCAAGACACUCGGUUUUGUCUCGCGCUUUUUAUGGGCGCUCGACGGGAAGCGGUGA